UUAGGAGUCUAUUAUACUGUCUGGAAUAUUGACUAACCAAUCAAAUCAAAAUUUUCACUGAAUCCUUUUUCUAUUUUGUAAAGGAAAAUCUGCCAUUUUUAUUGCAGUGCCUACCUUGGAAGACCAAAGCUGUCACUACCAAAUCCUAUAAAAUCCCAAUUUUUCUUGAGCAGAUUUUCCUUCUUUCCUUAAAAAAAGUUUGACAGAGUUGUCUGGUUUUUAGUGCUUUGCCAGAAAAACCCUUCACACUCCAAGAAAAAAAUAACUCCUUUUUCUUGCUUCUCAUGUCCAAAGUUCCCACCUUUUCUUUUUGCUAAUCCCAUAUUCUGCUUCAAUGCUCUGUGAAAUGAUGGGGUUUUAUUUGAUGAAGAGGUGGCUUUGGGAUUGACUGAAGUGCUAUAAUACAAACUAUGGCAAUUACUAAAAUGUCGAGGAAUUUUGCUUCGAGGAGACAUUUCGGAGAAGGGUCUUGGAGGAUUUUACUGGUUUUGGCUCUACUGAUAACUAUAGCGCAGGGGCUAAAUUCCGAGGGCCAAUUGCUGCUAGAGCUUAAGAAGAGCCUUCAUGAUGAAUACAACCAUCUUUGGAACUGGAAGUCCACUGAUGAGACACCGUGCGGGUGGAUAGGUGUCAAUUGUUCUUUGGAUUAUGAGCUGGUGGUCUCAUCUGUUGAUUUGAGUUCAAUGAAUCUUUCGGGAACCCUGAGUCCUAGUAUCGGUGGACUGACCCACUUGACAUUCCUUGAUCUGUCCUAUAAUAAGUUCAGCGGAGAUAUACCAAAGGAGAUCGGAAACUGUUCACUUCUGGUCGUUCUUUAUUUGAAUAAUAAUCAUUUCAGUGGUCCAAUUCCUGUUGAGUUGGGUAAGCUCUCUUAUUUGCAAAGUUUGAACAUAUGCAAUAACAAAAUCUCUGGCUCCCUUCCCAAAGAGCUGGGGAAUUUGUCAUCACUUGUUGAGUUUGUGGCGUACACCAAUAACUUGACUGGGCCAUUGCCCCGUUCUAUCGGGAAUCUCCGGAAGUUGAGGACAUUUCGAGCUGGGCAGAACACAUUUUCUGGUAACAUUCCUGCUGAAAUCAGUGGAUGUCAAAGCUUAGAAAUGCUUGGUCUUGCCCAGAAUCACAUUGGAGGAGAACUGCCUAAGGAAGUCGGAAUGCUUCAAAGCUUGACUGAUUUGAUUUUAUGGGAGAAUCAGUUAUCCGGGUUUAUUCCAAAGGAGCUUGGGAACUGUACCAGCCUUGAGACACUUGCAUUGUAUGCAAAUCAGCUUGUGGGGCCGAUACCCGUGGAGAUUGUGAACCUUAAGUUUCUGAACAAGUUGUAUCUCUACAGGAAUCAAUUAAAUGGAAGCAUUCCAAGGGAGAUAGGGAAUCUAUCUCUUGCCACGGAAAUUGAUUUGUCGGAGAAUCAUUUGACAGGUGAGAUCCCAACCGAGUUCAGCAAGAUAAAGGGUCUACAAUUAUUGUACCUAUUCGAGAACCGGCUCACAGGUGUCAUACCAAAUGAGAUUAGUAGUUUGAAGAACUUGACGAAGCUUGACCUUUCAAUCAAUCAUCUUACAGGCCCCAUUCCUUAUGGUUUCCAAUAUUUUACUAAAAUGAUUCAGUUACAGCUAUUCGAGAAUUUUCUGAGCGGGACCAUUCCGCAGCAGCUUGGACUUUAUAGCCCACUUUGGGUGGUUGAUUUUUCUAACAACCAUUUGACUGGCAAAAUACCUCCGUAUCUUUGUUGGCACAGUAACCUUAUUUUGUUAAACCUUGGAGGUAAUAUGCUGUCUGGGAACAUCUCAACUGGGAUCAAAAACUGUGAGACCUUAGUGCAACUCCGUCUGGUACGAAACAUGCUAACAGGCAGCUUUCCUUCACAGUUAUGCAAACUGGUGAAUCUUUCUGCUAUUGAAUUGGACCAGAACAACUUUACCGGACCAAUUCCUUCAGAGAUUGGAAAUUGCCGAAAGCUUCAAAGGCUGCAUAUUGCCGGGAACCACUUUAGUCUUGAGCUACCUAAGGAAGUAGGUAAUCUGUCUCAACUAGUGAUUCUUAAUGUCUCGUCUAAUUUGCUUUCUGGGCGGAUUCCACACGAGAUAAUUGAUUGCAAGAAGCUUCAACGACUUGAUCUCAGCCAUAACAGCUUUGUAGAUACUUUACCAAAUGAGCUUGGAACCCUUACUCAGCUUGAGAUUCUGAGACUUUCAGAAAAUAAGUUCUCGGGGUAUAUACCCGAAGCUAUGGGGAAUCUCUCACGUUUGACCGAGCUUCAGAUGGGUGGCAAUUUAUUUUCUGGUGAGAUACCCCGUCAGUUAGGUUCUCUUUCAAGCUUGCAGAUUGCAAUGAACCUAAGCAAUAACCGCCUCACUGGAAAUAUACCACUAGAGCUCGGGUUUCUUAAUAUGUUGGAAUAUCUCCUGCUCAAUAAUAAUAACUUGAGUGGUGAAAUUCCCAGCACGUUUGAGAGCCUAUCGAGUUUAAUGGUGUGCAACUUGUCAUACAAUAACUUGACCGGACCUUUACCUGUCAUCCCAUUGUUUCAGAACAUGCCCGCAAGUAGCUUUAUUGAAAAUAAAGGGCUUUGUGGUACGCCUCUUCGAAGUUGCACGGUAGAUUCAUCUUCUCCUUCUAUGCUACCUGCGAAGAAGGAUACACGAGGAAGAAUCAUAACCACAGUUUCAUGUGCUGUAGGCGGGGUAUCUUUAAUUCUCAUUGUAAUUCUCAUAUAUCAAAUGAGACGUCCUCGUAAAAGUGUUCCAUCCUCAAAUGAAAAGGAGACACCUUCACCGGCUCAGGAUAUUUAUUUUCAUCCGAAGGAAGGGUUCACAUUUCAAGAUCUAAUUGAGGCUACAAAUAAUUUUCAUGAGAGCUUUAUUGUUGGGAGGGGAGCUUGUGGAACGGUUUAUAAAGCAGUUAUACAUUCCGGACAAACUGUUGCUGUUAAAAGGCUAGAGUCAAAUGCAGAGGGAAACAAUAUCGAGAACAGUUUUCGUGCUGAGAUUUUAACGCUGGGAAAGAUUAGGCAUCGGAAUAUUGUGAAGCUUUAUGGUUUUUGCUAUCACCGAGGUUUCAACGUGCUUCUUUAUGAGUACUUGGAAAAUGGUAGUUUGGGUGAAGUGCUUCACGGGGCCUCUUGUAGCUUAGAUUGGUCAACGCGGUUCAUGAUUGCCCUAGGAGCUGCAGAAGGUCUUGCUUAUUUGCACCAUGACUGCAAACCGAGGAUCAUUCACCGUGACAUCAAAUCCAAUAAUAUCUUGCUCGAUGAAAAUUUUGAAGCCCAUGUUGGUGAUUUCGGUUUAGCAAAAGUUAUUGACAUGCCCCAAUCUAAGUCGAUGUCGGCGAUCGCUGGAUCAUAUGGCUAUAUUGCCCCCGAAUAUGCAUACACUAUGAAGGUGACGGAAAAAUGUGACAUCUAUAGCUACGGAGUUGUUUUACUGGAGUUGUUAACUGGGAAGACUCCUGUACAGGCAUUGGACCAAGGAGGUGAUCUUGUCACACGAGUGAGACAUUAUGUUCGCAACCACUCGUUGACUACCGGGAUACUCGAUGAUCGCUUAAAUCUCGACGAUAGAAGAAUUGUUGAUCACAUGAUUACUGUCUUGAAAAUUGCUUUAAUAUGCACCAGCCUGUCUCCUUUCGAUCGGCCAUCUAUGCGUGAAGUUGUGACAAUGCUGAUAGAAUCUAAAAGGCAAGAUCAAGAAGACGACUUUGGGAAGUCUCCCACUUGCAGUCCUCCCAAACGCAGUGCCUCGUGAAAGUACGCCACUAGCUACUCCCCGUUUUCAUUAACCAAGAUGAUUCUUUUGCCAUUGAUUUUUCUGUUCUAUUUUUGCCGAAAGAUAUAAUAGGACAUAUACAUUUUUCGAUAAAGAAAAUGUGAUACCGAAAGCUUCUGUUGAUAGCUAAUGGAAGUAACCGAUGACACUGUAGGAGUCUAUAGAAAAUACGAUAUCGAACACCGGUGUACAUAUAUGAAUUAGAUUCUUUCGAAAUAUCGCAGCUGUACUUAGGUCACUCAUCCGGAGCAUCGUUUAUUCGAUCCGUUGUUGAAAUUAAGCUGUUAUUUUAGUUGAUUCCAAAUGUUUUUACUUA